AUGAAGCCAUCUCUUCUCUCUACUCCUAGGCAACUAUGGAGCCAUCUCUUCUCUAUAAAAGACAUCUAUGAGCCAUCUCUUCACUCUAUAAAGACAACUAUGAAGCCAUCUCUUCUCUCUAUAAAAGACAUCUAUGAAGCCAUCUCUUCUCUCUCUAUAAAGAAGACAACUAUAGGCAUCUCUUCUCUCUAUAAAGACAUCUAUGAAGCCAUCUCUUCUCUCCUGAAAAGACAUCUACAAUCUAAUAGACAACCAUCUCUUCUCUCUAUAAAGACAUCUCUCUAUAAAGACAUCAUCUCUUCUCUCUAUAAAGACAUCUAUGAGUUUAUCUCACUUCUCUAUGAAGACAUCUAUGAAGCCAUCUCUUCUCUCUAUAAAGACAUCUAUGAAGCCAUCUCAUCUCUUCUCUCUAUAAAAGACAUCUAUGAAGCCAUCUCUUCUCUCUAUAAAGACAUCUAUGAAGCCAUCUCUUCUCUCUAUAAAGACAACUAUGAAGCUUACUCCUUCUCUCUAUAUAAACCCAGCCAUCUCUCUUCUCUCUAUAAAGACAUCUAUGAAACAACUAAGGCCAUCUCUUCUCUAAAGACAUCUGUAAGUAUCUCUACUCUCUAUAAAAGACAUCUCAUAGAAGCCAUCUCUUCUCUCUAUAAAGACAUCUACAACCAUGAAGCCAUCUCUUCUCUCUAUAAAGACAUCUAUGAAGCCAUCUCUUCUCUCUAUAAAGACAACUAUGGAAAGCCAUCUCUUCUCUCUAUAAAAAGACAUCUCCAUAAAAUAUAUCUCUUCUCUCUAUAUAAAGACAUCUAUGAAGCCAUCUCUUCUCUCUACAUCAUAGCCAUCUCUUCUCUCUAUAAAGACAUCUAUGAAGCCAUCUUCUCUCUCCAUAAAGACAUCUAUGAAGCCAUCUCUUCUCUCUCUAAAGACAUCUAUGAAGCCAUCUCUUCCUCUAUAAAGACAUCUAUGAAGAUCAUCUCUUCUCUCUAUAAAGACAUCUAUGAAGCCAUCUCUUCUCUCUAUAAAGACAUCUAUGAAGCCAUCUCUUCUCUCUAUAAAGACAUCUAUGAAGCCAUAUCUUCUAUAAAGACAUCUAUGAAGCCAUCUCUUCUCUCUAUAAAGACAACUAUGAAGCUAUCUCUUUUCUCUAUAAAGACAACUAUGAAGCCAUCCCCUUCUCUCUAUAAAGACAUCUAUGAAGCCAUCUCUUCUCUCUAUAAAGACAUCUAUGAAGCAUAUCUUCUCUCUAAAGACAUCUAUGAAGCCAUCUCUUCUCUCUAUAAAGACAUCUAUGAAGCCAUCUCUUCUCUCUAUAAAGACAUCUAUGACCAUCUCUUCUCUAUAAAGACAUCUAUAAAGCCAUCUCUUCUCUCUAUAAAGACAUCUAUGAAGCCAUCUCUUCUCUCCCAUAAAGACAACUAUAAAGCAUCUCUUCUCUCUAUAAAGAAACAUCUCAUCUCUUCUUUUGCUAUAAAAGACAUCUCUUUCAUCUUCUCUAUAAAGACAUCUAUGAAGCCAUCUCUUCUCUAUAAAGACAUCUAUGAAAACCAUCUUCUCUCUAUAAAGACAUCUAUGAAGCCAUCUCUUCUCUCUAUAAAGACAACUAUGAAGCCAUCUCUUCUCUAUAAAAGACAUCAUGAAGCCAUCUCUUCUCUCUAUAAAGACAAUCUGAAGCCAUCUCUUCUCUCUAUAAAGACAUCUAGGAAGCCAUCUCUUCUCUCUAUAAAGACAUCUAUGAAGCCAUCUCUUCUCUCUAUAAAGACAUCUAUGAACCCAUCUCUUCUCUCUAUAAAGACAACUAUGAAGCCAUCUCUCUCUCUCUAUGAAGCCAAAGACAUCUAUGAAAGCCAUCUCUUCUCUCUAUAA